AUGGCUGCAAAUCUGGUGGUUCCCUCCGAUAUCACCGUGGUCGAGGAGAAGAAGACCGUUGGCAAGCGCAGCUUGAAACCAUGGGAGGUUACGGGACUGAUGGGCAUGGCCCCUAUGCUGCACUUGCACUACAGCAAGCUGGACAGGGGCGACAAGCGAAAGAUUUUGUCUCGCAAGUACGACACGGAUGACACUUCGGAUGCCAACAAACUGUGCAUCCGUCGUCAGGAAGCUGUGCGCAAGGAGGUGGUUGCUACCAAUUUCAUGUGGGACACUGCGUUGGUCAUGGCGGGCCUGACGUGGUGGUCCUUCCGGAGGUACAACUACCAAUCGCGCUUGGUGGCCUUGCCCUUCAUCUUCUACGGUGGCACCUUCGUUGGUCGUGCGAUUGGUGAUAUGGUGACAGGUCGCAACGCCGAGUUCGCCCGGGAUCGAUUCUUGGCGUCGCUUCCGGCCAAGGUCUACUAUAACUGA